AUGAUGCUUGGAAUCGAAGUGACACCAGAACAGGUGCUGAUCUACAGAUUUGAAAUUAUUGAGGAUUCACCUACCACGAUUACUGAUGACGACUUCAAGGAGCAUAAUAUUGGAGUUUUCAAGGCUCAUUUUGGCCAAUGCCCUAGCACUCUAUGCAUUAUCUGGCAAGACAUUUUGAAUUGUACGAACAAAGACUUGGGGCUCUGCCCAUCUGACAGAAGCAAGGAGGGGCUUAAGCGAUUGCUAGUUGCAAUCCACUCCCUUGCCUCAGUUACUGGGAUAAGCACACGAAGGGACCAAGACGACAACCUAUGGCACUGGAUGAAAGUUCUUUGGGCACUGGAAGCAAAGGUGAUCAGCUGGUCUCAGAAAGAGUACAAGCAAAAGAACUAUGGUCCAGGAAGAAAAUUUAUCUUGACUGUUGAAGGGGCUGAUUUGAAGAUACUCUACUGGCCCGAGAAAGAAUACAAUCAUUCAGGAAGAACAAUUCUCUUGACUGUCGACGGCGUUGAUUUUAGGACGUUCGAGAGAUCAACCGACGACUACAAUGUCGAUAAAAAGCAAUACAGUCACAAGUUCCAUCAUGGUGCGUUGAAGUAUGAAAUUGGAGCGGACGCAUUUUUGCCCAAGAUUGUUUGGAUUCAUGGACCGUGGAGGGCUGGUAUGCAUGACCGAGCAAUCUUUGCAGAAGGAGGGGGGUUGAGAGAAAAGAUUCCUGAGGGCAAGGUAAUCAUUUGCAAUCGAGUCUAUAAGGACAAGAAGCACAAGGACAACGACGAACUUAUGUUGCCAUGCGUUGGCGACAGUUCGCGACUAUUCACAUUCAAGUCUUGUCUCCGGUCAAGGCAUGAGAGUUUGAAUGGUCGACUGAAGGACUACAGUAUCCUCCUCGAUACAUACCAACACGACCCCGAUAAUCAUGUCUAUGCUUUUGAAGCUGUGGCUGUUCUUGUCCAGUAUGCAAUGGACCAUGGACAUCCCAUCUUUGAAGCAAACACUGUACCACCAGAUUGA